UAAAUAGCUUUAAAGCAUUUUUUAUUCAUUUUCCAUAUCUUCGUCAUAGUGUAAAGUCCAUUUUUUAAAAAGACUUAAAACACGUGAUAUGAGAUAAUAUGAAUGUUUUUUCUUUUAUCAAAUUAUGAAAGGAUAUGAUAUGAACAAAGUAAUAGAGUUUCUUUUGAAUAGCUACCCAUGCGUACAUUAUCUAAUUAUCAAAAACCUUUUUCUAUAUUAAAAAAAUUGCAAUUUUUUCAUUCGAGAACAGUUUGUUUAAACAUUUUAUGUUUCGUUUUACGUUCUUUCAUUUUUUUUUCUUCUUCAUGUACUUUGUUAUUGUUUGUCAUGCAAUCAAAGAAUUUUUUUCCAACACAGCCAAGCAUGAGAUCAGUAAACAAAAAUGCUUUCAACAGUCAACAUGAUUGACAUAAAUACACAAUUUAUAGUAACAGAAUCAAAAUAUGUUUAAAAAACUGCUUGCAAGAAAAUUUAGAAAAAAAGAAAUAUUAAUGGCUAAUUAACGUUAAAAAGAAAGUAACAGCCUAAUCCAAUGUCUAUUUCUUCUUAUGAUCAAUCAUUGAAUUGAAAAUCUUAGUUGCAUUUAACAAUCUAGACGAAAUCAGAAUAAAUUAAAUAAAAUAUUCGAAUAUGAAAAUAAUUAUGAAUUGUACACAUCAAUUUUGAUGAUAAACCGAAGAACUUUGUUGUUUUUUUCAUUUUGCUUUUUUUGCCUUGAAAUACUUAAAAACCUUUCUUAGAAUAGAAAAUUAACAUUAUAUUUUCAACGAAUUAAAAAUGACAAUAUAAGAUCUAUUUGUCUGAAUAAAAAUCAAUUGAUUUCUAUGAAUAGAUUUUUAUCAAUUAGUAUCAAUAGAGAUUAUCUACAAUCUUUACUAGCAGCAAUUUUACUGAAUGCUUUUUACUAUUGAAAAGAAUUUUGAAUAAUUUCUAUUAAAAACAUACAUACGAUAAUACCAAGAUCUUAUCAUCAUAAAACAAGGGAAAAUUAAUUUUUUUAAAUACUUCAAUCAAAACAAUAUGAAAUUAAUUUAAUAAUUGAUUUUUGUCUUUGUAAAUUCCUCAAGAACUUUGAUUAAUUGCUAAUAAUUUAUGUAAUUGUGGCCAAGAUAUUUUUUUAUUUUCAAAUAUAUAUAUAUCUAAAUUACAUAAAAUCAGAUCAAUUAAUCAAAAUUUAGAGAAUAAAAUGGCAUCUAAAACCUUUUUAUAGUUCAUCAUUUUACUGUAGAAUACAUUAGACAUCAAAAAAACAAUUUUUUUCCCUUCAUGAAGACUAUACACAGAUUUCUAAUCCAUAUUAUAAAUUAUUGAAAUUACUUAUGGACCUCAACAAAAUGAAUAUAAAUUAUUUGAAUACGUCUAAGAAAAAGGUUAUAGACAUUUUUCGAACAUCAUUUCCUAUUUUUUAUCACAUCGACAUUGCUAAAUCUUUAAAGUCAGAUAUGGGUGUGAAUGUGAGUGCCACUGUGUGGUUCUUUUGUGUACCCACACUCACAUGCACACCCUUGUCUUGUAGUUCGUCUUAAUAAAAUUUCUACGAGAUCUUAUUCAACAAUUUGUUUUCGAACAUUUUUCAUGAUCGAAAUACAAAUACUUUAGAUAAUUAAAAUAUGAAAGGCUUUCAUUUUUCAAGUAUGAUUAUAUAUUCGCCUACUAUUCAUAUGCUUUAGUAAAAGAAAAUAUGUAAGACUUUAUUGAACUGAAGGUAUUUUAUGCAAGCUAUAGUUCAGAAUAGGUACUUGGGUAAGAUGAAAUUCUAGCUUUUUUCUUUAUUACCUAAAUCCAAAGAAAAAAGACUUGCCAGGGAAAUUCCUUUCGGGCUGAAAUGAGAAACUCACAUAUAUUUUUUAGAUUGAUUACACGAAUAUGAAGUACGUAAGGUAAAACAUCUCUCGUAGAGUAAGGUGCUCCAAAUUCAAACGUCGAGCACUAUUUUAUUUUUCGCUCAAAUAUACCUCGUUCGACGCAGAAUUUUGCGCUGAUUACGAAUAUGUUCUUUAAAAAAAUUUUAGUGUGCGUUUUCACUGAGAAAAAAUAAAAAAAUUAGGCGACUCCAUUUUUUCCAAAAAAUCGGAACAGUCCGAAAAACAUGCGAUAUCUCGACUCCACAACGUCGUGGAACCUUUGGAAUGUGUUCUUCGGAAUCAUCGUGAAAAACUGCAUAUCAUAGACUAUCUUUGAAGGUUCAGCAGAUGUAAAAAGUGCUCCCCCCUCCUCGUCAUACUUUAAAGGUCUCAAAUUAGGUAUUCUCCGCUUGCAAGCCUAUCAGCGCCAUCAGAUCGAGAGAUAGACCCUUCAUUCUUACGCCAUUAGAACCGCCAUCAAGCGUAGAACAAAGUUAUAAAUUCACUUUUUUGAAUUUCUUUUUUUUUUUGCUGAAACUUUUCUUUUUUUUCAAAACGAACGCUUUUCACCUAUAAUCGGCCAAGUGAUUUUUUUCUUAAUUUCUUAUUUUUCAACAGAAUUCACUCAAAUUAUCAGAGUAUACAUAAAAAAGCAUUCUGAAUCCAAUGGCAAGAUUUCCAGGAUCUACAGAGGGUUUCUAGAAGGUUUUUGGAAAACUUUCAGGAUUGAUUAGGGUGUGGGUGUGGGUGUGGAUGUGAGGUGUGGGUGUGGAUGUGGGCGGGGUGAGUGUGGGGUGUGGGUGUGGAUGUGGGUGUGGGUGUGGGCGUGGGUGUGUGGGAGUGGGAGUGGGUGUGUGGUUUGGGUGUGGGUGUGGGUGUGGAUGCUGCUUUAGUCUUCCUUCAUACACCCACACCCACACCCACACCCACACCCAAAAUAUUAUUUAGAUGCAAAUGAUAUUAUUGAUCUUGAUACAAAUCUUAUUCAUUCAUCAAUAUUAACAUCAAAACAAAUAGAUGAUAUAAUUGAAUAUAUUGUACGUGAAGAUGCUAUAAGACAAUUAUUAAAAUUAAUAUUUAAUCGAACAUUUAAUAGUGAUAGUCAUAUUGAUUAUGAAUAUCGACAAUUUAAAUUAAAUCUUCCAAUGAAAUUGAAUGAUUUACAUCAAACAAUUAAAAAAUUAAAUGGUUUUAAAACAUUAGAUCAAUUCUAUAUUGAUUUUCAUGCAAAAGAAGUUAUUGAUGAACGAUUAAAUAAAAUUUGUAAAAAAAUUCAAGAUCAUUUAAAUUUACAUAGUUGUAUAACACGUGUUGCACUUAAAAUGAUUGGUGAACAUUUCAAUGGUACAAUACUUAUACCAUUUCUUAAUGAAUUUAAUAAAAUUCCACGUUUUAUAUCAAUUAUUGAUAUAUUUGAUGAUUUAAUAACAUCAGGUCUUAUAUCAACAAUUGAACUUCUUGUUUUAUCUAAAUUAGAUAUUAUCAUUAAAAAAUCAUCUUUAUUAAAACAUUUUGAAUCUAUAUCAUUUUUUCAUAAACGUGAUGCUGAUUUACUUUAG